AUGUCCCCCUCAACCCCUACCAUAUCCGCCUCAACCACCUUCCUCUCCCUCCUCAAAACCCGCCGCACCAUCUACUCUCUCUCCCCCUCAUCCCCCAUCCCCGAUUCCCAAAUCCAAGAAAUUAUCGAGCAAGCUCUUCUCCACGUUCCUUCCUCGUUCAAUUCUCAAAGUACACGCAUUGUACUUUUACUCAAGGGAGAACAUGAGAAACUUUGGGAUAUUACUAAGGAGGUAUUGAAGGGAGUUGUGCCCGCGGAACAAUUCGAGGGUACUGCUGCGAAAAUUGGGGGGUUCAGGAAUGGGUAUGGGACUGUUCUUUUCUUCGAAGAUAGAAAGGUCGUCGCAGGAAUGCAAUCUGCAUAUGCGGCCUACGCGGAUAAAUUCCCAGGAUGGGCGACCCAGAGUGAUGCGAUGACACAAUAUGCGAUUUGGGUUGCGUUGGAAGCCGAAGGAUUGGGAGCCAAUUUGCAACAUUAUAGUCCGUUGAUUGAUGCUAAGGUUGCUGCUGAAUGGAAUAUCCCUUCAGAUUGGGAACUCAAUGCUCAACUCGUUUUCGGUCGACCCGCGGCACCAGCUGGCGAGAAAGCUUUCAUGCCUCUCGAGGAGCGACUUAAGGUUUAUGGUGCUUAG